AUGACUCAUGAUGAAGAGAUAUCGGACACACUGUAUAAGUUGAAUCUUGGCAUCAAAGAGAAUAAAACGUCUCCAGAAAUUCAAAAAAUUCUAACGACAAUAAAUAAGCAGUUAUCUGCAGAAGGAUGUGAUAAAAAGUCUGUUGUUGACUAUCUGAUAAAAAAUGGUAUUGUUGAUACAUUUUGUCUCAUCUUAAAGUCGAGAGAACGUUUUUCAGCUUCUACAUUUGCCUUAGUGGCAGAAAUUCUUGCUGAAGUAGCCAAACUUGAUAGUGGAAGGCUAAAUUGCAGUGAUGCAGCUGUGAUAGUACCUCUUUUGGAACUUUUGUCAAAUAAUGAUUCAAAUGUUGUACUCCAAGUAUGUCGUGCAUUGGGAAACAUAUGUUACGAUAAUGAUCUUGCUCGUAGUUUAGUCAAAGAACAUAAUGGUGUUGAUCGCCUUAUUCAGUUGCUGAGAAAUCUUUUGGAGAAAGAAAAUCUCCCAGACAACAUGCGUACCAUAACAUCGGGUUGUUUGCUGAAUCUUACAGACACUUACGAAGAAAUUCAAGAGCAAGCUGUGGAAGCAGGAAUUUUGGAUGUGCUAUUGCAGUAUCUUUUAAAAUUUAGUUCUGACGAAGAUGUUGUAACUCACUGUCUUUUGGUUCUGAGCUGCCUAGCUGACAGCAGUAAUGGUCGUGCCAAAAUACUAGAGAAAUCUGUCUUGUCCUCUCUGUUAAAUUUACUGGAAAAACCUUUAAAUGAUGAUAUCAUGGAUUCGUUGCUGGAAUUAUUUGGAAACUUGUGUGAAAAUG